AUGCCUUUGCAGUACGAUCCGGACUUUUAUAGGGCUCUGGAGCCUCUGCUGGCCGUAAUGGGCAAUAGGCCCAAGAUUCCAGUCCACGACAUACAAGGGCGACGAGACCGAUUUGCAGCAAAUCGAGUGGUGAUGGAAACCCUCCCAGACGCCCCCGGUGUUGUUCAAGAAAUUCAUCAUGUGGCCAGAACGGACAAACGUGCAAUUCCUAUCCACGCUUUCAUCAAACAGCCCGCAGCCCAUACUCCAGGGCCAGCUGUUCUUCAUAUCCAUGGCGGCGGAAUGAUUGCUGGAACACCGGCGGAUUUCAGAAAAUCACUUGCUUUGUGGUCUUCGUGGACCAAUGUUCCAAUCUUCAGCGUGGACUAUCGCUGUGCUCCGGAGCAUAAAGAUCUCGUCCUUGUCAAUGACUGCUACACCGCUCUGCAAUGGCUGAUGGAGAAUGCACAAGCUUUGAAUAUCGAUCCCACAAGGAUAGCAUUGUUUGGAGAAAGUUCAGGCGCUGGUGCCGCUGCAGGUGUGGCCCUGAUGGCCAGGGAUAAAAACUUACAGCCUCCCAUUGCGAAACAAUUACUUAUUGAACCAAUGUUAGACGAUCGCAAUCUCACACCCAAUGCGGCUCUCGCGCCGUUUCUCGUCUGGAGUGUGGACGACAACAUCACCGGGUGGACAGCUCUUCUCGGAGAUAAAGCUGGCAAACGGGACGCGGAUGUUUCGCACUAUGCUUCUCCUGCGCGGGCGAAGAGCCUGACUGGUUUACCAGCUACAUAUAUCGAUGUAGGAGAUUUGGACCUUUUCCGGGAUGAGGCUGCAACAUAUGCCAUGCGAAUUGCUGCCGAAAACAUCAAUACCGAGUUCCAUUUGUACAGCGGUGUGCCGCAUGCAUUUGAAUGGUUGGCGACGGAAAUAGCGCUUACGAAAAGGGCUACGGAGAAUAGAAUCGCUGCGAUGACCAACUUCUAG